AUGGCUGCUUCUCAGGACUCCAAAGGUCUAACAUUGACCGUGCUCGGCUCCGGCACAAUGGGCAUCGCCAUAAUGGGCGGUGUCAUGGCCUCUCUCGCCGCCGCGAAAACCCAAGCCGCCAUAUCAGAUGCGCCGAAAGACACGCCAAACCUCCAAAACUUCGUCGCCUGCGACGCCUGGGCACCUGCUGAAGAAAAGGUCAAGGCCGCGCUGGGCCACUACAACUUCUCGCUCACCACCCUGACCAACAAAAACCUCGAGGGCAUACAGAAGGGAGAUAUCAUCCUGCUUUCUUGCAAGCCGCACAUCUUCAAGGACAUCCUGGGCGAGGAGGGCGUGCGCGAUGCGUUGAAGGGAAAGAUCAUAGUAUCUAUAUUGGCAGGCGUGACGCAGGAGCAGAUCGAGGGGUUCUUGUACCCUGAUGGCCCACCAGCGGAUGCAUGCCGCGUCGUACGCGUUAUGCCAAACACCGCCUCUUUCGUCCGCGAAAGCAUGUCCGUCAUUCAGACCUCAACACCACCACUCAAGCCCGAACAACACAAGCUGGUCGAGUUCAUAUUUUCUUCGAUCGGCCGCGUCGUCACACUCCCACCUGCGCUGAUGGACAUCUCCACCGCUCUCUGCGGCUCUGGGCCCGCGUUUUUCGCGCUUGUCCUCGAAGCUGCUGCCGACGCUGGUGUAGCGAUGGGUCUGCCGCGCGCGGAGGCGCAGAUCAUGGCGGCGCAGACGAUGCGCGGGACCACGGGGCUGGUGCUUGAGGGUGGCGAGCAUCCUGCUAUCCUAAGGGAUAAGGUCAGCACGCCGGGAGGAUGCACGAUUGGCGGAUUGCUGGCACUAGAGGAGGGCGGCGUGAGGGGCGCAUUCUCACGGGCGGUGAGGGAGGCGACGUGUGUGGCGAGUCAGUUGGGGCAAGGCGUGAAGAAUGUCAACGGAACGAGGCGUUGA